AUGCCGGAUAGAGAUAGAGUUGCAGCAGAGUCCUCUGCUGGAUCUACACCCGAGUCCCUCACCCUAGUCGAUCUUCCAGACGACGUCUCCGAAGAGUUUUCAGUAGGUUCCAACUUCACUGAACCAAGCAUAGGAGAACCUAGCAGUUCCGAGAUGGCAACACCAAGCGGAGCUGGAGCCGGCCAGAUCCGUACCAUCCUCUAUGACGGCAAAUAUCGAGCCUACCGUGUGAAAGGACUCGAGACCAAGUUCAACCUCAAAGGAAACCUGCGAAUGUUUCAGCGUGACGUCAUUCAACAUCUUGUGGCAAAUGGACUUGACACAAUCGCCUACGUACCUCAUUGCCAAACUGGUAUACCUGUGCAUGUUGUCGAGGAGCAUCCCUCCUUCACGAUUGAGAGUGUGAGGAAGCAAGUUUCUGCUCAGCUCCUCAAGUACGACAAGUAUGACUCCGCCAACGACUCUGAAGCCAAGCUCUUUCUUGAGAAUAGUUUGGAACCGAGUUUGCUUGAGAAGUUGACAAUGCGAAUCAAGACAACAGACUCAUUCCCAGUUGUUUUCAUUACCUUGAUGUACUUGAACCGAUCUCAAUCAGUUCACCGUUUUGAGGCUAUCAAGGAGAGCAUCAGAAAGCGCAAGCCAUCGGACUACCCUGGAGAGGACAUUUCGUUGAUGUCGGAAGAUCACAAGAUUGACGCCAAGGAAUUGGUCAAGGCUGGCCAAUACCAACAUAUCCUCACAGGGUCCAUGCUGGACGGUUAUCUCAAGGCUGGUCCAAAGGAUCACAACUUGUACCGUCACAACCUGUUGAGCGAGAGUCAGAAACUUGAGCGAGCACUGUUGGACAUUGGAUACAUGGAUAGAACUGCAGCAGACGUUCAUAUGGCCUCCGAGCGUCUUACCUAUGAGGAUGUCUCUGAUCUUGCCGAGGACAACUACCGCAAGCUCAAGGACAAAGGUGAAUGGACCCCAGCUCUCUCCACCGUCAGAGACUCCAAGCGUCCUCCUGCAGCUUUUGGCAAUGCCGCUGUGUGUAUGACAAAGGAACAGAUGGAGACUCACAUCAGUGCGCUUGUGCAACAGCAACUUGCUACCUCGAGCAGCCGAGCCAAACCUUCCGACAAGUGCAACAAGUGUGGAGGUUCUGGUCACUGGGCCCGCGAUCCUGUGUGUCCUUUAGCUGGAAAGAAGGGCAACAAUCGCGGUAAGAAUGCUGGCAACAACAACAAGCCCAAGGGCAACAGGAAGGAGGACACGAACUGGAAGAAGAUUGCACCUGGUCCUGGUGAGCCCCAACAGAAGGUUGUCAAUGUGGUCGGUUUUGAAGCCUCUUCUCGCUCAGAUCCCGCCAAUGUUGUCUUUCGGAUGGUCAGCUCACCUGGCUACACAGCUUUCAGUGCGUCUUGGUUGAACAUGUUUGCUCCGCUGCUGUGGGCUAGUCUGUUGGUAUUCGGGACCUUACCCCAUCACCUUCAGCACCAGCUCCUCGGAUACCAGUCGCCACAGGAGUUCAAGCCUUUCCGAAUGACAAAACCGAAGUACAAGCAAUUCAUUCGGUCCUGCCGUCGCAAACGUCGCACCAAGUCCUUCAGCAACCAUCGCCACACCCGUCACUAUGGCCUUGCUACUCGAAAACGCCGUCCAUUGUCUCAGCGACAUGAUCGCUUCUCUCAAGAAGUCUUUGAACUCUCUCAGUACAUUGACGCCUUUGGCAAAGCUAUUUCGUUUCGUCGUGUUCCACGAGAGGGAGAUAUUUGGAGUGCCCUUCAUGAGGGAGAUAAUUGGAAUGAUUGGAAGAACAAGAGUCGUAAGAAGAAGACGAAUAGUGAGACAUGGCAAGAUUGUGGUGGCCACCAUGGAGACGACCCAAACUCGACGCACCCUUCAGCUCACUGUCCCUGUUGCAAGCCCAAGAAGUAUCGCAAUUGA